AAUCAGAGUGCGGCGGUGCAUCUUCCCUGGCCGGCAGGAGUUCGGUUGAGAGCGUGCCGGGUGGUGGGGGAGUACCACUGAUGAGAGAGAGAGAGAGAGAGCGGGCGAAGGAAGGGGACUAAUUCAACACUGUUAACAUUGAUCUCUGCUGGACGCGGUUGAACACCCGGCCAGAGUUUCUUCAUCCACUGUGCGCGGUGGCCAAGUCUAUUCUGCACCUGGUUCCCGGCAGCGAUGUCACAGAGGAGUGGGCAGGAGGACCCGGAGCGGUACCUCUUUGUUGACCGUGCCGUGGUCUACAACCCGGCUGCCCAGGCCGACUGGACUGCCAAGAGGCUCGUAUGGAUCCCGUCAGAACGCCAUGGCUUUGAGGCUGCCAGCGUUCGCGAGGAGCGUGGGGAUGAGGUUGUGGUGGAGCUGGCGGAGAAUGGGAAAAAGGCAGUGGUCAACAAGGAUGACAUCCAGAAGAUGAACCCACCAAAGUUCAGCAAAGUAGAGGACAUGGCCGAACUCACCUGCCUGAAUGAGGCAUCGGUGCUUCACAACCUCAAAGACCGCUACUAUUCUGGCCUCAUUUAUACAUACUCUGGUCUCUUCUGUGUGGUCAUAAAUCCCUACAAAAACCUGCCCAUCUACUCAGAGAACAUCAUUGAGAUGUACAGGGGCAAAAAGAGGCAUGAAAUGCCCCCACACAUCUACGCCAUCUCAGAGUCUGCAUACAGGUGCAUGCUACAAGAUCGAGAGGACCAAUCUAUUCUUUGCACAGGUGAGUCAGGAGCUGGCAAGACUGAAAACACGAAAAAGGUAAUUCAGUACCUGGCACAUGUUGCCUCCUCCCACAAAGGAAGAAAAGACCACAAUAUUCCUCCAGAAUCUCCUAAACCAGUGAAACUGCAGAGUGGACCCCUGUUUUAUGGUGAAUUAGAACGGCAGCUUUUACAAGCCAACCCCAUCCUGGAAUCUUUUGGAAAUGCUAAGACCGUGAAAAAUGACAACUCGUCACGAUUUGGGAAAUUCAUCCGGAUCAACUUUGAUGUCACUGGAUACAUUGUUGGAGCCAAUAUUGAAACUUACUUACUGGAGAAAUCCAGAGCUAUUCGUCAAGCCAAAGAUGAGCGAACCUUCCACAUCUUCUACCAACUGCUGGCUGGAGCUGGAGAGCACCUCAGAUCGGACCUGCUUUUGGAAGGAUUCAACAACUACCGUUUCCUGUCCAACGGUAACGUCACUAUCCCAGGACAGCAGGACAAAGACAACUUCCAUGAGUCGAUGGAAGCCAUGCACAUCAUGAGCUUCGGCCAUGAGGAGAUUCUAGCAAUGUUGAAGGUCGUGUCCUCGGUGCUUCAGUUUGGUAACAUUGUCUUCAAGAAGGAGAGGAACACUGACCAAGCCUCAAUGCCGGAUAAUACUGCUGCUCAAAAGCUGUGUCACUUGCUUGGUUUGAAUGUAAUGGAGUUUACCAGAGCCAUCCUGUCACCAAGGAUCAAAGUGGGCAGAGACUACGUCCAGAAAGCACAGACUAAAGAGCAGGCUGACUUUGCUGUCGAGGCCUUGGCUAAAGCAACAUAUGAGCGUCUGUUCCGCUGGCUGGUCCAUCGCAUCAACAAAGCUCUGGACAGAACAAAACGUCAGGGUGCCUCCUUCAUCGGCAUCUUGGACAUUGCCGGUUUUGAGAUUUUCCAGUUGAACUCGUUCGAGCAGAUGUGCAUCAACUACACCAAUGAGAAGCUGCAGCAGCUCUUCAACCACACCAUGUUCAUCCUGGAGCAGGAGGAGUACCAGAGGGAGGGCAUCGAGUGGAGCUUCAUCGACUUCGGCCUGGACCUGCAGCCCUGCAUCGACCUCAUUGAAAGGCCGGCGAACCCUCCAGGUGUGUUGGCUCUGCUGGAUGAAGAGUGCUGGUUCCCCAAGGCCACAGACAAGACCUUCGUAGAGAAGCUGAUCCAGGAGCAGGGCACACACCCCAAGUUCCAGAAGCCCCGUCAGCUCAAAGACAAGGCCGACUUCUGCAUCCUCCACUAUGCUGGCAAGGUGGACUACAAGGCAGAUGAGUGGUUGAUGAAGAACAUGGACCCUCUGAACGACAAUGUGGCCACUCUCCUGCAUCAGUCAACUGACAAAUUUGUAGCUGAACUAUGGAAAGAUGUCGACCGAAUCGUAGGCCUGGACCAGGUGGCAGGAAUGAACGAGACAGCAUUUGGUGCUACCUAUAAAACGAAAAAGGGCAUGUUUCGUACAGUGGGACAGCUCUACAAGGAGUCACUGACCAAGCUCAUGGCCACACUGAGGAACACCAACCCCAACUUUGUCCGCUGCAUCAUCCCCAACCAUGAAAAAAGAGCUGGUAAACUGGAGCCUCACCUGGUUCUGGACCAGCUGAGGUGUAAUGGAGUUCUGGAGGGGAUCCGCAUCUGCAGACAGGGCUUCCCCAAUCGCAUCGUCUUCCAGGAGUUCAGACAGAGAUAUGAGAUUCUGACACCAAAUGCAAUCCCCAAGGGAUUUAUGGAUGGAAAACAAGCCUGUGAAAGAAUGAUCCAAGCUCUGGAGCUGGACCCCAACCUUUUCCGUAUUGGUCAGAGCAAGAUCUUCUUCAGAACAGGUGUCCUGGCUCACCUGGAGGAGGAGAGAGACCUGAAGAUCACAGACAUCAUCAUCUACUUCCAGUCUGUGUCCCGUGGAUACUUGGCACGCAAAGCCUUUGCUAAGAAGCAGCAGCAGCUGAGUGCCCUGAAGGUCCUUCAGAGGAACUGUGCUGCUUACUUGAAGCUACGACACUGGCAGUGGUGGAGGCUUUUCACCAAGGUGAAGCCUCUGCUGCAGGUCACUAGGCAGGAGGAGGAAAUGCAGGCCAAAGAUGAGGAGCUGAUUAAAGUGAAGGAGAGACAGCUCAAGGUGGAGAAUGAGCUUGUGGAGAUGGAGAGGAAACACCAACAGCUUGUAGAGGAGAAGAAUAUUCUUGCCGAGCAACUCCAUGCAGAGACGGAGCUGUUUGCAGAGGCAGAGGAGAUGAGAGUUCGCCUUCUCUCCCGGAAGCAAGAGUUGGAGGAGAUCCUUCAUGAUCUGGAGUCUAGGGUGGAGGAGGAGGAAGAGAGGAACCAAAGCCUGCAGAAUGAAAAGAAGAAGAUGCAGUCACACAUCCAGGACCUGGAGGAGCAGCUUGAUGAGGAAGAAGCGGCAAGACAGAAACUGCAGCUGGACAAAGUGACUGCUGAGGCAAAGAUGAAGAAGAUGGAGGAGGAUAUUCUGCUGCUGGAGGACCACAACUCCAAGUUCCUCAAGGAGAAGAAGUUGUUGGAGGACAGGAUCGGCGAGAUGACCACUCAGCUGACUGAGGAGGAGGAAAAGGCGAAGAACCUCAGCAAGGUCAAGAACAAGCAAGAGAUGAUGAUGACCGACCUGGAGGGGCGUUUAAAGAAAGAGGAGAAAACCCGUCAGGAGCUGGAGAAGGCCAAACGCAAACUGGACGCUGAGAUGACUGACCUGCAGGACCAGAUCGUUGAGCUUCAGGUCCAGAUAGAGGAGCUGAAGAUCCAACUGACCAAGAAGGAGGAGGAGCUGAUGGCUGCUCUGGCUAGGGGUGACGAGGAGGUCGUCCAGAAGAACAACGCCUUGAAGCAAGUCCGGGAGCUACAGGCACAACUCGUUGAGCUUCAGGAGGAUCUGGAGUCGGAGAAGAUGUGUCGAACUAAAGCUGAGAAACUCAAGAGGGACCUGAGUGAGGAGCUUGAGGCUCUGAAGACGGAGCUUGAGGACACGCUGGAUACCACCGCUGCCCAGCAGGAACUCAGGACCAAGCGAGAGCAAGAAGUGGCCGAGCUGAAGAAGGCCAUAGAUGAGGAGACCAAAAACCACGACGCUCAGAUCCAAGAAAUGAGACUGAGGCACGGCACAGCGCUGGAAGAGCUGUCCGAGCAGCUGGAUCAAGCAAAGAGGUUCAAGUCCAACCUGGAAAAGAACAAACAGGGUCUGGAGACUGACAACAGAGAAUUGGCCUGUGAGGUGAAGAGUCUGCAACACACAAAGACGGAGUCAGAAAACAAGAGGAAGAAACUGGAGGCCCAGCUGCAAGAGUUCAUGACCAGGGCCACCGAGGUGGAGAGGGCCAAGGGAGAGCUGGCUGAACGCUCACACAAACUCCAGUCUGAGCUGGACAAUGUUUCCGCUUUGCUGGAGGAGGCGGAAAAAAAGGGCGUAAAACUGGCCAAGGAAGUGGACACCCUGAACAGCAAACUUCAAGACUCAGAGGAGUUGAGGCAGGAGGAGACACGUCAGAAGCUGAACCUGAGUGGCCAAAUCCGCCAGCUGGAGGUGGAGAAGAACACCUUGAUGGAGCAGCAGGAGGAGGAGGAGGAGGCACGACGCAACCUGGAGAAACAGCUGCUGUUGGCGCAAGCUCAGCUGUUUGAGACAAAGAAGAAGCUGGAGGAAGACGUGGGAGCAAUGGAGGGCCUGGAGGAUGUGAAGAAGAAGCUCCAGAAGGACAUGGAGCUGACCAGCCAGCGUCUGGAGGAGAAGACCAUGGCCAUGGACAAGAUGGAGAAGACCAAGAACAGACUUCAGCAGGAGCUGGAUGACCUGAUGGUGGACCUGGACCACCAGAGACAGAUUGUCUCCAACCUGGAGAAGAAGCAGAAGAAGUUUGACCAGUUGCUGGCAGAGGAGAAGACCAUCUCCGCGCGUUACGCUGAGGAGCGUGACCGUGCCGAGGCUGAGGCCAGAGAGAAGGACACCAAGGCUCUGGCUAUGGCCCGAGCUCUGGAGGAGGCCUUGGAGGCUAAAGAGGAAUUGGAGCGGUUUAAUAAGCAGCUCCGUGCUGAAAUGGAGGACCUGAUGAGCUCCAAGGAUGACGUAGGAAAGAAUGUCCACGAACUGGAGAAGUCCAAGCGUAUGCUGGAGCAACAGGUGGACGAGAUGAGAACUCAGCUGGAGGAGCUGGAGGACGAGCUGCAGGCCACAGAAGACGCCAAGCUGCGUCUGGAGGUCAACAUGCAGGCAAUGAAGGCCCAGUUUGACCGAGACGUGCAGUCCAGAGAGGAGCAGGGAGAGGAGAAGAAGAGGGCGCUGGUCAAACAGGUGCGUGAGAUGGAGGCAGAGUUGGAAGACGAGAGGAAGCAGAGAAAUCUGUCCGUCACCGCCAAGAAGAAGCUGGAGAUGGACCUGAACGAGCUGGAGGGGCAGAUCGAAGCCGCCAACAAAGGGAGGGACGAGGCCGUCAAACAGCUCCGAAAACUACAGGCUCAGAUGAAGGACUAUCAGAGGGAGCUGGAGGAUGCCAGAGCCUCUAGGGACGAGAUCUUCACCCAGUCCAAGGAGAACGAGAAGAAACUCAAGAGCCUAGAAGCUGAAAUCUUACAGCUGCAGGAGGACCACGCAGCCUCAGAGAGAGCCCGGCGACAUGCUGAACAGGAGAGGGAUGAGCUGGCUGAUGAGAUCUCCAACAGCGUCUCUGGAAAGUCGUCACUGCUGGAGGAAAAGAGGCGGCUGGAGGCUCGGAUCACUCAGCUGGAGGAGGAGCUGGAGGAGGAGCAGGGCAACAUGGAGAUGCUUAACGACCGCUUCAGGAAAACGACCAUCCAGGUGGAGACCCUGAGCACCGAGUUGUCCGGAGAGCGUAGCGCUGCGCAGAAGAGUGAGAACGCUCGGCAACAGAUGGAAAGGCAGAACAAGGAUUUAAAAGCCAAGCUGGCCGAGCUGGAAGGAGCGGUCAAGUCAAAGUUUAAAGCGUCCCUCGCUGCCCAGGAAGCCAAGAUCCUGCAGCUGGAGGAGCAGCUGGAGCAGGAAGUCAAAGAGAGAGCGGCGGCCAACAAAAUUGUCCGUCGCACAGAGAAGAAACUGAAGGAGGUGAUGAUGCAGGUGGAGGAUGAGCGUCGCCAUGCCGACCAGUACAAGGAGCAGAUGGAGAAAGCCAACUCUCGCAUGAAGCAGCUGAAGCGUCAGCUGGAGGAGGCGGAGGAGGAAGCCACCAGGGCCAACGCCUCCCGCAGGAAGCUGCAGAGGGAGCUGGACGACGCCACAGAGGCCAGCGAGGGUCUCACCCGGGAGGUCAACUCACUCAAGAACCGCCUCAGGCGUGGGGGUCCCGUCAGCAGCUUCUCCUCCAGCCGCUCGGGCCGCCGCAACCUCAAUCUGGACGGCGCCUCCGUCGACAUGUCAGACGACGACGCCGACAGCCGCGCCGGCGACUUCAACGAGACACAGACCUCCAACGCCGAAGAGAAGAAGAAAACAGAAAACCGAGGUCACAGUGGGCAUCGGUCGGCAGAGCCUGCUGCACGAGUCUCGCUCUGAUGUACAGACGACAACGCUACAGGAACAACUAACAUCUCGGGACACGCAAUACAACAAAAUGGACUAAAUUGAAAAUGUAUUACUGUGAAAAACAAAGUGUUUUGUUUUCUCUAUUGCUUCAUCUCAACAAUUAACGAAGGAAUGUCUAGCUGAGGUUUUAACUCAGAAUGCCUGGUGGUUAACUGUUUUGUGACCACCGGGAACCCAUCGUCCUCCAGUGUGGACCGACCGACCGGAGCAGCGAACGACGCAGAGAUGUCGGAAACUGCACAGAACCAUGUUUGAAUUGUUUUAACUGGAAACCAACAGGGGGAGAAAAGCUCCUACUGGAAACACUAAAGUGUUGUGACACUAAAUGGUGACAGCUUAGGUCAAAUGUGUAGUUUGAUUAGAAAUAAAGACGGAUUUAAAAUAAUUGUCUUCUCGCUACAUCAAAGUGUUUGUGCCUAGUCUCAGUUUGUGUCAUUACAUCCGUGUCACAGAGCUAAGAAUCAGUUCUUAUGAACAAUAUACUGAAACGCUUGUUCAGCACUUACCACUGUUCUGAAGGUUUUUCUUUUUUGAAUCUAUUUUAAAAAAAAAUUAAAUUGAUCUGUCGCAUCAUAACAUUGAAGUCAGCGCGGACAAGAUGUCCUAAAGUGCUCCAAACAGUUUUUUUAAAAAUCAGUAUUUGCAAUGCAAUGACAACUUUUCAAAAGUUGUGACUAUUUAAUUAAACCAAACGUUGACGCUCAAAUCACAAUUGUAUUUUCUUGAUUUGUGCAACACAGAACUAAGUCGAAAGUAGCAUCUAAUUAUUGGUCUGGAUUAAUGCUUUUGUCAAAUUUUAGAAAAAUAUUUCUUGUACAAAACGAGCUUUGACGUGUCAUUUCUUGAUUGAUUGAUGAUUUGACACUUUGAUCCUCGGCAGGUUGACUCGUCUGGGAAAUGUAGAUGCUCAAAUUUCCAUUUUCUGCUGCGGCAAUUUUGACCCUUUUGUUUCUCCAAUGACACCGUUACAUCCAUCAUGACUUUUUUAUUGUGCAGAAGACGGAAUACAUUCUUCAUCUAGAUGGUUAGGUUUAAAUCUUUAAGGUUUCAGGAAUACCUUCCAAACAGUGUUUAACAGCGUUUUAGGUUUUUCAAAUUCACCUGGAUAUUUACUUAGAAAAGAAAAUUUUAAAAAGACUUUUAGCUCUGUGACACGUUUGUAGUGGUUAAACAUAAUGAUGAACAAGCUUAGGGCGGGUCAGUGCCAUGAUUUUGAGUUGAAGCCUGACUCCUCAGACUACAGACAGACAGGAAGUGACAAAUAGUUGAAAAAUUUACUUUCUCUUAUCUUUCCUCGCAAUCUUAAUGGAGUUGCUAGUCAGGUGAAGGCUGGUUCUUCUUGAAAUACAGCAGCCAUGUCAACCAGUCGAACCACUAACUGGACUGUUAGUUGACCGUAUUUCGGGUAUGUUGCGCUUUUCUGGUCUUAUUGACCAUUCAAAGCGCUUUUACACUACAAGUCACAUUCACACACGCCGUCAGAGGCAAUGUGGGGGGGUUGUCUUGCACAAGGACACUUCGGCAUGUGGACUGGGGGGACGCAGGGAUCGAACCCCCCUACCUUCUGGGUAGUGGACGCCCCUCUCUACCUCCUGAGCCACAACCGCAGUUUCCUCACUAUAAUGUGGGGAGAAAGAACACAUGCCACAUCCACCAGCUCCUUUAUUCUGGACACGCUGACUAGUGUCCGUGGCCGAGCCCUUUGCCCCUUGCCCCGUUACUCAAAUCAGCAUGUUUCUUUAAAAGUGCCUUAGACACUAACUAAGAACAUAAAGGGGAAAGGAUGUGAAACAAAACUCCCAUGAGAUGAAACUGGCACAUCAAAAUAUAUAUUCAACACUUAAUCUUUUGGGGUUUAUUUCUUUUGUAUCGUUGCUGUGCUUCAUAUCAUAUCCGCUGUGCUCCUCUGUGUUCAUCAUGACAUCGUAGCUAGAGAGUAUGGGUUAAAUCAGUAUUUCAGUCUUAGGAUUAACUACAGGAGAAGCAGAGCUUCCGCAGCUGCAGGUCCCAACUUUAUUCUUUUCCCUGUAACCACUCGCAGGCAGGUGUUGAAGUUAUUUUGGGAAACGAUGCGCUGCACAGGAAUUCGUUUGGUUGGAAGCUUUAACACCCACGAGGGGUUAACUCACUAGUCAUUAUCCAGUUGUCUGUCCACAACCAGGCCUUCAAUUGCAAAUACUUCCAUCGUAUUAUUUCUUGUAUACCUGUAUUUCAACAUGGUGAUUUUCUCCCCCCCCCAUUUUGUUUUUGUAAAAGGAAAAUAAAGCAUAUUCAUUGUC